AUGCGUGUUGCAACUACGACGUGGUUGUUCUUUCUUUGCAUCUCGAUGACAUUUGCCGUCCGUUUUGUGUCAGAUGAUGCGGACACAUCUGAGAAAUCUCUUGACGAAAAGAAGCGUGACGACAAGAAGUAUCCUCCUUGUGACUUUCGCUAUGCUAAUUGGGCAGACAAUCCACGUAUGACCAAACGGUGCAAGAGCAAAUAUUUCAACCAAUAUGCGUGCAAGAACACUGUUGGGUGCAAGUGGUUCGGAGAAGACUGUGAUUGGGACUGCAGAGAUUGGCAGCGCCGCCACAAGUACUGGAAGGGCUAUGUGGGUCAGAUGCUGAGCUGA